UGGGGGGUAAAGGAACCUUGUGAAACUAUUUAAAAUCAGUGAUGUAAAACACAUAUGGAAUUACCAGUACUGUAACAAAAAUUCAGUUACCCAGCCCUUACACUGCAUGAUUCCAGUGACAUGUAGAAGUUACGUGCUAUCUGAGAAACAAAAUUAUCCAUAGCUUUAUUAAAUAAACUGGGUAAGUAUGGAAUCAUCUUCUCAUUCUUUGAGAUGUUUGCUCUGUGAUGGAUUCUUCACUCAGGAAAGCAGGUAAUUGGAGCAUGACCUAAAUAAUAUCAGUGACCAAAAUCUGUGUGACAAAUAUAUUUCAAUAAAUGAGUUUAAGCUCAGGUCAAAUGGUGUGUGAGUGUGCCCUGCGAUGGGCUGGCCCCCCAUCCUGGGUUGGUCCCUGUGUAGGAAUUAUUAGCUCAGGUAAAUUUUAAUAUCUCCACCAAUAUGUUUUGAAAUUAAUUAACUUUUAAUUAAUUAUUAUUUAAUGCUGAUUAUUAACCAAUUGUUAUGCCGAAUGGCCGGCUCCUUCAAACUCAAUUGUGAAUCCCCGUGAGUCUGUUAAUGUGAGACUUAAUUUAUGACUAAAUCUUUCUGAAACAUGAAGAUUGUUUAUUCAAGUUUCAAAUUGAGUCAGGUUGUUAUACAUUCAGUGCAUGCAAAAGAAGAUGGAGAAGACAGGAGUGGAGAAGUCAGACCUGACCACGAAGAUCGAGGAGCUAGACCUCUUCAAUGAUACCUCAGACAAAGAACUGAAGCAGCUCAAUCGGAAAAAGCAGGAUGCCAUGGUGGAGGACAACAUCCUGAAGCUGGAGACGAAACGCCUGCGGGACCUGCUGUACAAUAAGGCCGACAGCGUCCUCUCCCUGGAGAAGCAGAGGCUGUGGCUGCAGGCGGUCAUGAGCGAGCGGGAGGAGGAGCUUAAGCUUCACCGUGAGAUGAUCUGCAAGCAGGUCAGGUUGGCCGAGCAGGAGCAGCAGGCCCUCAGGCUGCACAGAAUGAAGAGCUCCAGUGUAAGGAGGACGAUCUGGAUGCUAAAAUCGGCAAGGCAGAGAAGGAGAUCCAGGCUCUGGAGAACACCCUGCAUGUGGUCAACAGCCGCAAUACCACUUACCAGAAAUCAUUCCACAAUAUGGAGGAGUCAAGUAGAUGUGAUGCGUUGUAGAUGUCCAUCUACAAGCUAUGUUUCAGAUGUACCUUCUGCUGCAACCACUUAGCCGUUUAUGGUGUUCAUUCUGCAUGACACGUUUUGUGUUUUUAGGUGAGGAAUAUCAGGAGAAGCUCAGACUAGAGGAGCAAAAGAGAGCUGUAGAGGAAAGGUAUAAACAUAAAAGAAGGCAAAUGAAAGAACUA